AUGAUUGGCAGAAGAUGUAAACAUUUUAUAUUUUCUGGAUUAAUUUUCAUCAACAUUAAAAUGGUAAGUCCAAACAGUUUAUCCCUUGAGCAUUUUCAGAAAUAACUUGCUGCCUAUUGAAUUAAUAAAUUUAAAUUUAUUCUCAAUAUUAAAAAAAAAUACUCCUGCUUUUGAAUGGUUUUGCUCCGGCUAUGUGCAGCUUGAGUCAAAACAUGUUAAUUGUAAUAUCUUGCCAAUAAAUUACUUAAUUAUUUAUUUUCUAUGUAUUAUUUGGUGCAAACCUCUUGUAAGACCAUGCAACAGGAAAACGCAUCUUUAUUGCCAUUUCAAAACUCAGGCAGUUUCAAUCCACAAACAGUUUGAAAGGUAUAUUGCAAUUGGCUAAAAGUUUGCUUAAUCUGUGAUGCUGGUAAUAAUGAUUAAUUUGUAACUCUGAAAUCUCUUCUUGCUGUUAGAACCCUGGAUGGAAAGCAGAGUUAUGAGACCUUAGUACAUUUAUUUGGUGGCUAUUUAUUUAGGAAGCUGAGUAAGACAAUUGGUCUAUAUUAUCUAUGCUAAGUGGCAAUGGCUCUCACCUGGGAUGUUCACAGCCCUACCUUCAAAUGCCAGGAGUUGAAACUGGGAGCUUCUGCAUGCAAAGCAUUGAGCCGUGGCCCUUCCCAUACUUCUCUUGUGGCUUUCCAUUCAGCUUGUCAGAAGUAUAUUUGAUCAGGUAGUUUGCUCCACUGAAUCCUGACUCUCAGGUUUUCAGCUAGUGCACCUUAGAACCAGUGGCCUCCAGUGCACAUUGCAUUCCUUUUCACAUCAAAAUACACAUCUUCUUGCCAGAGAUGGGAAUUUAGAUAGGCAGCUACAUCAGCAAUAUGAGAUGGAAGUUUUCCUGUGCAUGAGGUUUUCUCCUAUCAGAUUUGUUAGAUUAUGGGGUCGAAACUUUACGUCCAGUUAAUGUGUUUGAGAUUAGAAUGCCUGUCUGUCCACAACUGGAAACUUUCCCUUUCUGGAUCAAUAGGCAGAUUCAGGAGAGAAAGUUGAAUUCAUAAUGUGAUCUGCACACCAGUGUCAAAUCUCAUCAAUAGCUUUGUAGAAGGCGUGGAUUUAACAAGCCAGAAUAAAAUAAUAUAUUAUUGUGAUUAUUCUUUGUACUUGUUUUGCUCAAGAAAAUAAUGGACUGUAGUGCUGCAAUCCUAAACUCUAGGUAGUAAACCCCAUUGAACAUACUAGGACUUACUUACCAGUAAACUGCUUAGAAUCUGCUGUUAAGGGGGGCAGGGAAAUCUGAAAAGAGUUUUUCUCUGUGUUACUAAUUUUCUACCAUCUUUUACAGAUUCCUUCAGCGAACACAGGUAAAAUCUGAUAGGUAUUUUUCUCUUGCCAUUAUUCUUUUUAGUGGGCCCCAGGAGAAAAUUAAAGCCCAUGUUUGGUAGACAUCUUAUUGUGCAACACAAUGCAACAGUAAGGAAGUCCCACUGAGUUCAGUAGGGCUUGCUCCAAGGUAUUGGAUAGCAGUCAGGCAUAGUAAUCCAAACGCAGGAAGAAACAGAGUUGUGUGGCUCCAUUAUUGCAUCUGAAGCCCUGUGGGCUAGGACAGACAGUGGGGCAGAGGGAUUCAAGAAUCUGGCCAGUUGGGUUUACACAACUUUUAAAAUCCAGCAGGUUUUUGAACCCGGCAGAUUUGAAGCCACUUAUACCCCCACCCCCAAAACAUCCCAUUUUGGGUCUCCCCAUAUUCUGCUACUAGUAAAACUACCUGGAUGAAGAUGGCUGGGCAAAGUUUGGAGUGGAGUCCCCCCCACCAGUGGUAUUUGACAGAAAUAUACCUGCACACCAUCCUAAACCUUGUUCUCCUGCCUAGUCAUGAAAGUGGGGGUUUGGAUUAUGCUCUUACAGUUUAAUAAAUAUUGUUCCUUUUUUAAUAAAUAUGUAUAAAUUUAUUAGCAUAACUACCUAGUGUAAGUAGUCAAUAGGUACAAAUCACAUGGUUAGGAUCAUGCUGUGAGUUAGUAAAACAGUGGCCAUAAUCCUAAAGACAAGGGGCGAGGGUGGGAGUGCUAUUAAAGGGCUAGAAAUGGUGCAAAACCAAUUUCCCAAGAGACUGUUUUCCUUACCCAAGGGAACAGCAGCCUCACUCUUAAGCAUGGAAGCUGGAUGGCCAGUGUUAACUGCAAUAACUGAUUGCACUAUAUUUAAUGACUUGUAAAGACUGUCCUCCAUGCCUUGUGAGUGCUUGCCAGCCCUGUGCAAUGAGGAAUUGGAAAACAGCCAAUGGUGGAAAUCUAACACCCAACAUUAUUGGAACUCUUAUUAUUUCCAUAAGCUAGAGAUUAUAUCCAUGGACAAAUGCCAAUUAAGGGAUUGGUGCCACUGGACAGAAUCACGACGUGAUCUGCAAGCAAUCAAAUCCUCUAAAUGCUCUCCUUUGUUCCCCCUUCUAAUUACAGUCCAUUUUAGAGUCAGUUACCUGUCGAAUCUCCAGCCAACCUCACUUAGAUUCACUUUUACUGAGCUGCAUUUUUAAGCUAUACCCUCCGCCGACCCAGACGGAUGAUAUAACAGGAUACCAUAGGAAGGCGGACUCUGUAUAUGUGGGCAACUGCAGGUGGAAGACAUCUUGCACUAUUUACUAUAUUGCCCACUAUACAUUGGACCCAGGAGAUGAUUUUUCACCUUACCGUCCGUACAGGAAAGAUGUCUCUCCCCAGCAGAGAAGAUCCUAUGGCUUCUUAGCGAUGUAAACAUUUCAGUGACUCAUAAAGUCGCCCUUUUUGCUUUGGGAGCCAAAAAGAUCAGAAAGAAGACCCUGGACAAUAUAGCAGUGACCUGUAAGGGAGCUGCAGAGAUAUAAACAGAGAUCAUUAUUUGUGGUGUGACAACCCUUUUGCUUCUGCUCAUUUUUUAUUCAGAUUUGUCACGGCCAAUGGCUAGUACAAUAAAGUUAUUUGGAUUGGACUUAAAGUGUGUGGGUUGCAUUAGGUUCCAAAACAAUAAAAAUUUGCACAUGAAGCUAGUAAUUACAAACCCAUGAAUUAUAACAGGAAUAACUACACAACAAAUGCCUUUUAGUUUUAUACCGGUUUAACUUCCAGGGCUUUCCUUUAUUUUUAUUUUUUUUAUAAAUCCAGGAAACUUGUAGUUGUGUUAGAAAUACCUAACUUCCUUACAAAACUAUAGGCUCCCAAAAUUCCAUGGGUGUAGGGAAUGACUAAUAAACUUACUGCUGGUGUUGAUAUUUCCCCCAGCUUUCUAGAUUGUAGCCUAUGGGUGACAGCCAGCUAAAUCACAGAGCAGAUCACUGAAAUCAGUGGUUUAAAAGCCCUUUGAUUUCAGUGAGUCUACUCUUGAGUAGAGUAUGAUUUUAAUCGGACAACUCCCAGUGACUAUUGCGUUGCAAGGUAAGGAGACUGACUGUUCAUGUGUAUACUUUUGCAGGUUUCACUGUAUCUGUUUACGAUGUGACAUCAAGAAGUGUUUAUCUCCAAUGGCCCAAAUUCCCCGGAGCCUUUUCAUAUAGAGCCAUGGCAACCCCUUUGAACACAGUGGGACACUCCUCAUCAGCCCGUUUCAGUGACGUCACACUUGUAGGUGCUCUUGCAUCUCUAGCUCCCAACACAAUCCACACUGUGAAAGUGGACGCCAUAGACAAGAAUGGAGUUAUACUGGCUGAGGCUCAGACUAUGCAGUUAACGGGUUAGUAUGAGAUGGUUUAAAACAGAGUUGGGGAGCCUCAGGCCUAGGGGCCUCUCUAUCUGGCUUUUGGCCUCUCCAUAGGCCACAACCUGUCCUGAGGCCACACCAUGACUAGCCCGCCGAUGAGGCAAGGUGAGGCGACCAUCUUGUGUGGCAGGAUCCACAGGGGUAGCAGUUCUGGCCUCUAAAGAAUGCAUUUCUGGCUGCAGGCCAGAUCUGCCUCCUCCUCAGGAGUCCCCGAGCCCCAUGCUGCCUCUAUAGCAAUCUAUAGCAAUAAGAGAAGCUGAUGGUCUCCUCCUGCCCUUGGGGAGCAAAUGACUGGGUCUGUCCUCUGGGGUCUCCUGGGGGGCUGGACCCUCCUAGCACAGUUCAGAGUGUGCUUCUUUCCCUCACCCCACAACAGCCAUUGGGUAAGGUUGAUUUCAUUCCCCCCUCCUUGUUCCCAAUGUAGAACUUUGGAUGCGGGUGGCGCUGUGGCCUAAACCACUGAGCCUCUUGGGCGUGCCGAUCAGAAGGUUGGCGGGUUGAAUCCCUGAGAUGGAGUGAGCUCCUGUUGCUCUUUCCCAGCUCCUGCCAACCUAGCAGUUUGAAACCACAAUAGUGCAAGUGGAUAAAUAGGUACCGCUGUGGCGGGAAGGUAAACAGCGUUUCUGUGUGCUCUGGUUUCUGUCACAGUGUCCUGUUAUGCCAGAAGUGGUUUAGUCAUGACCCAGAAAGCUGUCUGUGGAUAAAUGCUGGCUCCCUUGGCCUGCAAGCGAGAUGAGCGCUGCAACCCCAUAGUCGCCUUUGACUGGACUUAACCAUCCAGGGGACCUUUACCUUUACCUUUUACCUUUUAAUGUAGAACUUACUCACCCCCUUGGUCCUGAUGAAGAUAUUUCCCCUUUGUUCCUGAUGUAGAUCUUCACUUACCCCUCCUUCCCUGGCAUGGGGGCCUCACAAUUUUGUGGUUCACCUCAGGUGCCAAAAUGUAUCAGGAUGGCCAUCCUUUGCCAUCCCUCUUCUACUGCCUUCUUGCUGGCCAGGAAAGAGGGUGGUGUGUGUGUGUGUGUGUGUAAACCUCUGGCUUUUGCAUGCCUCAAAUGUAGCCUACAGUACAAAGGUAAGUCACGUCCAUUACUCUACCCAGUUUUGCUUCUGCACCUGCCUGCUCCUAACAUGUGCGGCUUGUAAAGCUGCUCACAAGAUAAAGUGGUCUUCCCAGCUGAAAAAUAUUUCCCACUCCUGGUUUUAAUAGAGUUGGUUUACAUAUUUGUCAAUAGUCCCAAUAAAAGCUACCAGGGUUUUUCAGUCUUAUAUUAUUAUAUUCUACUGAAUCUUUAACAGAAAAAAUAUAAAUGCUGCUGUUCUGAAUAUAGUCAAGUUGCAUAAGGCUGAAAUCAUAUAUAACAACCAUGGAACUCUAUGGGAUGUACUUCUAGGUAUGCAUGCAUAGAACCAUGCUAAAAAUCCUAUCAAAGUCAGUGAGACAUAAGCAGCCUAACUGAGCACAGAGCCAAUGGCACUGUGAAACUUUGCCAGAUGUGGGCAUUUGAUUACAAAUCCCUUUUGCACCAGGCUGGGGGAGGGAGUUUGGAUUGCGCAGAGGUGUUGCUCUGCCUAGUCCUGCAAGUCUCUGCCUACAGAGUGAGGCUGGUGUUAUCCCACUGGUACAGAGCACCCUUUUCUGCUCAUUGAAUGGACUAGUGGAAGUGCCACAGUAUAAGGUCCCAAAAUGGGUUGGAGAGAGGGAGCGACUGAGGUAGGCAGGGAUCCAUUGGAUUCCAUGAUGGCUUCACUGCUUUCAUGUGGUGGCAUCAGGCCUGAUACAGUUCUGAUCACUGUGCCAACAUCUGAGAAAUGGAUAGCAAUGCUUCUUUAUUAAUUUUUUAAAAAGAAUGCUUUGCAUACUUACACAUGGUGGGAAAGGAGGACAUAUCUGACCAGCUGGCUGAAUAGCACUGAAUGAAAGAAUGUCUUGGCUUAAUACAAUGGAAAUAUUGUUCAUUAAGAGCUUGUUGUGCUUGCAGAAGAACAGCUCCUGUAAUAUUGCCAAACUCUCUGAAACCCUAUUUUUAUUUGUUAUGAAAUUGCUGGCUGUGUUUCAAAACACAAGCUUACGUUUUAGAUGCCUUUUAAUUUAAUUUAAUUUAAUGUUAUUUCUUAAUUUAGUUAAACAGAGUAUAAGUCACUUACAGCCAUGUUAUAGGUUCUUACUCCUCCUGUUUUGUUUUUAAAGCUCUGCUACAGUACUUCCAGACUGCUUAUAUUGAAUAAUUUUUAUCUGAAUUAAAAGUGGAGAUACUUCAGUAAUUUAUUUCACUCUUACACUUGGAUAGGUUUAGUUCUACAUUGUGUAAAAGGUCCCACUUCCAAUGUUACUGCAUGAAGCACUGUUCUUACAGGGACACAAGCAAAUUACCCAGGCCCAGAUCAGACUAUUUGUCCAUGUAGCCCAUAAUACUUUGACUGACAGUAGCUCUCCAGAGGCUCUUGCAGAGGUCUUUCCCACUAUCUGCUGCCUGAUUCUUUUUGACUGGGCCUGCGACGUUCUGCAUGCAAAGCAUGCAUUCUACUGUGUCCCUCUUCUAGAACACAACCAACACUUCACUGUGGUUCCACAUUGCAGAGGUCAUUCCUGGUCAGCAAGCUGUCCUCAGGUAAGCUUGCCUUUCCUACUGAGGUUGUCACUGAGGACCUCCUGAGUGGCUUCCAGUAAUUUCCCAGAACCCAGUUUAAAAACUACUGAUGUGUGUAAUCUGUUUUAACUAUGGAUCUUUACAUUUCCCAGCCUUCUGGGCUCCAAAGGGGCUAAAGCAUAUUCCGUUGGAGUGCAGUACCAAUGUGACUCCCAUCUUCAUCCCUGAAACUGCCCAAUGACUUUGUCCAACCCAAAUGAAUAAAUAAUUCAGCGAUGUACCAGAUGCUGCUGUGCCAAUAGCCAAUACAGUCAUACUCGUACAAUGGCUCUGUGCCAUAAGUUGCAGAGUGCCAAAACCUCUGGCUAAAUGAUGUGUGUGAGUUAGGAACCUUUAGCAUGCCUGCAAGUCCUAGCAAUGUUUUAUUCCAAACCACUCAAGUGCUUUUCCUGUGCUCACCAGGACAAAGAGGAAUGCAAUUUUUAAGGCACACAUUGCCUGUCUUGUUCUCACACUAGAGACUGCUAAACUAAUAUGUGUUACCAACAGAAUAAUGAGAAAUGAAAAGAGAGACAUCAAAACCAUGUCCUUCCGGAGCUGGUACUUUGGGAAUAAACAGGCACAUUCAGCUAUGCAAAGUCAUGCCCUUGCAUGUCAACAUGUUAUUCCUCUUCUUUUAUUUUGUUUUAAGCUCCUGAGAUUCCGACUAUUGAACAAGCUUAUUCAAAAUUGAGUAACAGUAUCACAGUGGAAUGGGCAUCUGUCACAGGGGCUUCAAGUUACCUGCUGACAGCACAGGAUGGAGAAUCAUUCAUUGAAACAGUAGUCACAAACUCACCAGGCACUGUGACUGGGCUGAAGGCUGCUACACUGUAUAAAAUCACAAUCCGAUCUAUAAACACUGGAGGAAGAAGCCAGCCUUCAACUUCAAAGAAAGCAAAGACAGGUAUUUUUUCAUCUCAUUUAGACACCACAUAUGUUAGGUAUUAAGGAUGCAUUCGCAACCGAAUUGUUUCACAUCCUUCCUCAUUCAUUUUAAUCUGACUUCUGAUUUAGGUUUGGAAGGAAGACUACACUAAUAACCUUGACUAACUCUCUAUUUCUUGGAAUCAACAGGGAGAAUACCUCCUCUUUAUCUUUCUAGGUCCCUCAUUGGCUUUUGACGCAGGAUUAUUACCAUGCAAGAAAGAGCCUUUACAGUGGUGGCCCCCUGUUUUUGGAAUGCUCUCUCCAAGGAAGCACACUUGGUACCUUCACUGUCAGUUUUUAUGUACCAGGCUAAUAUAUAUUUUUAUUAUACAGGUCCUUUGCAAAUUAAGUGACCCUCUACUGUGCUUCUCAUAUUUUAGUAGGUAGGAUGGGACUUUUCAUUAUUGUAUUGUUGGAUGAGGUUUUUAACAAUUUUGUAUUGGAUUUAAAUUGUCUGCAUUUUAUCUGUAUUCUGUCUUCUGAAGUUGCUUUGAAACUCUGUAAAAACCAGUGGAUGCAGGUAAACAACAACAACAACCUUGCUGGUUCCUCUUCAAAAUCUUGGCAUCUAUGGAGCAUGAAACUGUCUCUGUUCUACUGUUUCCCUAGGCCUUUCCAGACAGUGGAGCUUGGUGAAUAUUAUUUAUCAGUUAGGCACCUGUCCCACCCCAUCCCGCUUUGAGCUUUUUAGAAGUCUUUUCUAUUGUCUGUGUUGUUCAGUUAAUAGCCAUAUGACACUGGAGGAGAUCAUCUGAAUCAUCUGAAUGUAUUUUCCCUAUAUGGACCCUCCUUAUCAUCUAUUUUUGUCUGAUGGGGAGGCAGCAGCAAUUAAAGUAUUGGACCAUCCCUGCCAUUCAUUUUACAAGGAAUGUUUACUGAACUGUGGUUAUUUGUAUGUUUGCUUCACAAUUGAUAGGUGUAUCCCAUGCAUUUACUCGAGUGUGCAUAGCUGAGUACAAAUAAUCAACUGGGAAACAUCUCUAAUGAUGCAAACAUAGAUUGAUAUGUUGUCCACAUCUCCACAGAUACAAAAUCCCACUAAACCUAACGUAUCUUUUUGCUUAUUCACAGUGCUCGCUGCACCAAUCCUGACAGCAAGUUCCCAAAGUUAUGACAACAUUGUUGUGAGUUGGAGAGCUGUAUAUAUGGCUGUUGGAUUCUUUGUGUCUAUCAUGAGAUCUGAUGGUUUGGGGAGCAUGUUGAAAGAAAACACCACAAACAACUCCCUGAUAUUUUCCAAUCUAGACCCAGGAACUCUCUAUACUAUCAAGGCACAUGCUUGGGAUGCUAAUGGGAUACCUGGAGAUGACUUCACCUACAACCAAAGAACAAGUAAGAGGAAACUGGAAAGCCAAGCCAACACUUGCUGUCAAGGAGGAGUCAGAUAAAUGUGACAAUCAGUAAAGAAAGUUUUACACCUAUGGUACUACUCAUGGACUUAAAACAAAAGGGGAAAGAGUUUGAAUGACUAUUUAGUUUCAAAUGUAACCACUUAAAUUUGUCCUGGCCAUUGGAAACAGUGGGCUUUAUCCAAUGACGUCAUUGCAUGAGUGGAAUGCCUCUCCUCCCGCUGCACGCCCCUGCACCCCUCCCAUAUCUGCUCUGGUGGUUUCCCCAACCCUCUGGAGCAGAUUUGAGAGGGCUGCAGGCAGUGCAUUGGGGAGAAAAAGGAGAGGAAGUUCCACUGUAUGAGCAUUCUGCUAGUAUGGGGAUUUCAUUGGAUUCGACCUAAUAAAAGAGGAGUUACAUAUAUUCCCUGUGCUUUAUUAAAGUCAAGCAUAAAACCAUGCACAUAAAAUCAGCACCAGAAAUCCAGAUACAUAUACCGUAUUUUUUGCUCCAUAACACUCACUUUUUUCCUCCUAGAAAGUAAGGGGAAAUGUCUGUGCGUGUUAUGGAGCGAAUGCCUGUGGGUGGCGGGGGGGAUCUGCUGCAGUCGUGAGCAGAGGAUCCAUGGUUCCCCUUCCUUCCCUCCUCCGUGCUUACAAAGCAUGGAUCCACAUGGAUCCUCAGGAUUUUUGCAUUGGGCUACUCCAAACUCACUGUCAGAUCACAUGUCUGUGGCCACAGCACGAACCACAAAAAUCAUAUAUUUUUUUUCUUGUUUUCCUCCUCUAAAAACUACAUGCGUGUUAUAAAGCGAAAAAUACGGUAUACCAUUUGUGCCUGAAAUACCAUUCAGCCUUAUUUUUAUUCGAGAGAUUUAUUUUGGGUUUUUUUUUGUUUUGUUUUAGGGCCUCAUGCACCAGGAGAUGUUCAAGUAGUUUUUGACAGUGGAGCGUUGAGAGCUGCUGUUUCGUUCACGCUAGCAGAAGGUGCUUCCAGUUACCUCAUUGCAGCCCACAGCGGCACCUCCAAAGUAAACUGCAGUACAAUGUCCAGUUCCUGCACUAUUCCAUCCCUUGAGUGUGGGGUAGAGUAUUCCCUGUCUGUUGUAGCAAGCAAUGAGGCUGGUUCCAGCACACCUACAGAGGCUGUGACUUUCAGGACUGGUACGUGAUCUUUAGCAGCUCAUAUGCACUGUUCAUGGUGUAUGGAGGAGUGUAUGCUUUGAAGAAUACCACAAGCUUAAUACAAUUGCCAGUGGAUGAUAGGUGUCAGGGAAAAGAGAUAAUAGUUUCUGCUUUUUUUAAAAAGGAAAAUAAUUGCGUAGGGGGAAAAGACAAGUAAAUGGUGCGUGAUAGAUGUUUUUAAAAAAUGAGUUUAGUAAAUUGAUUUUGAGAAACUUUUCACCAUUUAUCUAGUCUAAGGAACAGAAAAAAACAAAUGUGGAGGGGGAAAGCAUUGUUUAGUAGACAUUAGCCAUUAUAACUUAUUGUAAUUUAUUAUUUCAGUGACUGUGUUUCAGGAAAGGGGAACCUUUGGUCCUCCAGAUGUUGCCAUCUGGUCCCAGUCCCCUGCUGUAUAUAUAAUUGAAUAUCGGAUGCUGGGGACAAACAACAGAGGGAGGGCUAUUGUCUUUAUAUCCUGCUGUUGGGCCUUUGAGAGGCAUCUAGCUGGCUACUGUUGGAAAUAGUACGCAGGGCUAGACAGACACUUUCUCUUUAUCCUAUGUUCAUAGAAGUGAAGGAGAUUAUUUGAAGUCUGCAAACAGGAAGCAAAUCAGGAACCAUUUUUGCUGGGUUCAUUUGCAUGACAGUUUUGAAAUGGCUCAGAUGUUCACACUUUCAGUGUAUUUCUGAAUCUUGCAGUCUCUAUGUAUGUCUGAGUCUUCAAGCCUGUCUGCACCCUUUCCCUUUUCUGAUCAUUUUCGUACCAGAAGGUGAUUGCAAGAUCAAUAUGUGCAAACAAACCACACAGCAAUGUUCAAAAGGUGGGUGCGGAAUAAAAGGUACAAACUCCACCUACUUGUCCACCUUUCAGGUGUUGAGACAGGCUUAGCACACAAAUCCGUUUCUCAAUACGCAGCCCAGAUUUUUGGUAUGUGUGUGUAGAUGAUUCCCUCCUAACACACAAAAUACCCAGCAAUGUUGCUGCUGCUUAAUGAAAUGGUCCUAAAUUGAAAAAUGCAUGCUAAAUUAUAAAGGCAGGCUUGUGAUAGAUGCCUCUGCUUCUGGGUUAGUGCUGCUGCUUUUGCUCAUAAGUGCGAUUACUAAUAUCCCUGGAAAGGGCAGGUAUCUUUUCCUUCAAAAGCUUCUACUGAUAAUUACAUCUGCUGUGCAAACUGCACAGCAUGGAUUGAUCUUUGCAGUCACUAUAAUUAGCUGUAUGUGCUCUGGGGCACAGCAAGAGCUGAAACCUUCAGCACAUGUGGACUUAUUAGAUCAGAUGUUCUACAAAAGCAUAUCCAAUCCAUUGGUUAUGCACCAGUUGGGGAUUUCCUAAUGGUCUUAUUGGAGUUUUCUAAUAGCUGCACUAUUCAACUAUGAGAAUAUGAUAAUUAUUUUUGUUGAAAAUUUGACUUUUCAGUGCCUUGUGCUCCAGAAAGUAUAAUAAUUGAAGAGGAUGAGCCAGGCUACAUGGCAGUGUCAUGGUCAGAUGUUGACCUGGGUGAUUAUUAUGUGGUCUUUGUGAAAAGUGAUGAUGGCUUGGAGGUGCACUGCAACACAUCACAUACCCAGUGUCACUUCCAAUCAGACUGCGGCUUCACCUAUUUUAUUAGUGUCUUUGCCUAUAACAAGGCAGGGCAGAGUCCAUUAGGUGACAUAUUUAACUAUACCACAGGUAAGUGACAGUUUAUUUUUUGCAUGUAUAUUUGGUAUAUCUGCAUGGGCAUUAUAUAAAGCUAGAAACAAGCUUUGAGUGGUGAAAUAGCUCCGUGCUUGUGUGUUUGUGUAUUCACAUGUUUUUUAAGAUGAAAUGGAAUAUAAGGGAUUCCAAGAUGAGACAAAGUAGCUUCAUCUUUACAUAACAGUUAGGGCUGGUGACACAUAGGUGAAAAUUAGCACUCUAAGACAGGGAUUGUCAACCUGGUCCCUACUGCCCACUAGUGGACAUUUCAGGGUUCUAGGUGAGCGGUAGGGGGUUCUACAGCACAAGCUGAAUCCUCCUUCCAUCGAGCACUGGUGGGCGGUAAGGAAAUUUUACCCUCAAGAAAUAUGCAUUAGUGAGAGGUAGGUAUAAAAAGGUUGACUACCCCUGCUCUAAAAGCUUCACUAUCUGUUCCUGAAGGAUGAAUGGCUCAGACUAAGAAGCCAAGCUAGUCUCAUCUCUCCUCCAGACAACCUGUUUAUUCAGCUUUCAUCUUGAAUUGCUUGCACAAAGCUUACUGUACAUGGUGGGUAGAUUUUGUCCAGUCUUAAGUGAGCAUCCAUUCUUCCCAUUAAUUGUUAGCUCAUCCCAGACUUUUUAACACACUUUCCAGACUGCAAAAAGACCAUUUUGGGGGAAGUGGAUUUGUCCUGCUAGGGUGACAGAAUGCUUUCAUCCACUUCAAUCUGCAAACUUAAAGUACAGUGGUACCUCGGGUUAAGUACUUAAUUCGUUCCAGAGGUCUGUUCUUAAACUGAAACUGUUCUUAACCUGAAGCACCACUUUAGCUAUUGGGGCCUCCCGCUGCUGCUGUGCUGCCGGAGCACGAUUUCUGUUCUCAUCCUGAAGCAAAGUUCUUAACCCGAGGUAAUAUUUCUGGGUUAGCGGAGUCUGUAACCUGAAGCGUCUGUAACCCGAGGUACCACUGUACUGUUUCACUCAGGUCCACAUAUGCAAAUAAGGAAUCGAAAGUGACGUUCAGUGAUUGGAUAGUUACAGAAAAUGGUUACUGUUGCGUUCUAGUGGAGCUCUAUAUAAGCAGGCUGGCUGAACCCUUCAGUUCAGUUCAGUUCUGGCCUGUGAAUAAACAAGAGCUGUUUGAAGAAUCACUGUGUCGUCUGAUAUGUUCACCCACAACUUAGCAGGCACCUUCAUUACAUAUCUUUAGGCACCAGGUGAAAAUGUUUCUCUUCCGGUGUUUGGCUGAUUAACAUUCUAUGGCCUUCUGUGUGUCAGUGGGAAGGGGUGUUAUUGGUUUGUUUUGCUUGUGUUUUCAUUUUAUUAUAUAUUUUGUGUUGUCAUUUUGUAUUUCUAUGUUGUGAACCGCCCUGUGAUCUGCCAAUGAAAGGUGGUAUGCAAAUUGAAUGAAUAGUAAAAUAAAUAUUGCUGCAUUUCCCCUUUUUCCCCUUUAGCACCUUGCUGCCCCAGUGAUGUUAACCCAGUGUUCAUUUCCAGUGAUACAGUUCAGAUUGUUUGGUCUCCUGUCCGUGGUGCUGAAAUGUAUGAAACCAAAGCUGUGGAUUGGACCAACGAAUUGCUAUGCAAUGAUACUGCGACAGUUUGCACCCUUUCUGCACUCCAGUGUAACACCCAGUACAAUAUAACUGUUUAUUCAUUCAGUGAAAUUAGAGGCAGCAAUACAUCAUGCACAUCUAAACACGUGGCAACAGGUACUAUUUCAGUUUGCAAUUUACAAGUUUCAAUUUAAAAGUUAAAAAGUAACUGUACAAGCUGUAAAGGUGAACCAGUACUGCAUUGUAACUCAUAUAUUGGAACUAUUGGAACUGAACGGAGUAUAUUUGUCAUACUGUUUUGAGUGGAAGGAAAUAUCUAGUGGAAUUUCUGAGUUCAGACUGCUGUUUCAAAAUCUGAUCUCUGUUUUGUUUUGCAUACUCAUCAAUCUCAUGUAUGUUUUGCUGGAUUGCAACACUCCCAGACUGCACUUCUGGGAGAUAAAAUAUUUAAGUGCUCUCCCAUUUAAAAUAUUUUGCAUAUAUAAAGCUAACAUGUCAGGGACAUUUUGAGAUAGCAUUCCCCCAACACACUAGCUCUGAAUAUGCAGGAUGGUUUUGUUUGUGCUGUUCUGACAUCUUAAGUACACUCCCGCUGUGUGUUUUGACUCUGGGAUUAACAUUUCCAGUAGGCAUUUUGAUUUGCAAAACUUUAGGUCACUGAUUCUUUUAGAGCUGCAAUCCUAGCCAUUCUUGUAAUUUAAAUGCUAAGUAUGAUUUACUGCCAACUUCAAAUAAAAAUGUUCAUUGCUGUUGUUGCUGCUGCUAACAACUGUGUCUCAAAGGAGUUUAAAAAAACAUUGGCUAACAUGGCCAAUGGUCAGGAAUGAAGGAGUCCAACAACUUAUAGAAAACCCCCAGUUCCCCAUCCUUGCUCUAUAUAUCAGCAUUGUACAACAACUUGUUGCCCUGUGCCCCUGAGUUUGCACAUAAAACACUAUGGCAUUAUGGCAGUUAAGCCGCUACUAACCCCUCUAAUUUGGUAUCCUAAGACCUUUUAGGACUUUCAACUGAUUGUGCUAUGGAGAAUGUAUUUAUUUCAAGGUUGGUUUUCUAAAGACUGAAAAUACACCCACGUGCAAAUUUAAGUGAAAUGUUUUGGGAGGGGAGCAAAACUUGGACAGAGAGGAUACAGUCUUUGUAACUCUGGGGUUUUUUUUUAAGAUCAUAGAUUCUUAAUAAUCUACAGCUGUCUUAGUGCAACAUAAAAUCCAUAAAUAAGAAUGCAGUUUGAAUUUGCUCCAUCUAAAAUCUUUCAGCUCCAUGUAGUCCGGAAAUAAUAAGUGUCUCAAAGGAUGCUCUUUCUGUAAUUAGUGUGCACUGGCAUGCCAAUAAUGAUGAAGCGAUGUACACAGUCACUGCCAAAGGAGAGGCAGGAAUUUGGCAUUGUGCAAGCUCGGGAAAUUCAUGCACCAUCCAUAAUCUUCCAUGUGGGUCACUGUUCUCUGUCAGCACUGUAGCAAGCACAGAAGCAGGUCACAGCUUGCCUAGUUACAGUGUGCCUUUGGAGACAGGUAAGUUACAAUUGCUGAGAUGUUAUUUACCUUUUAGGUAUCGCUCCCUUUUUAUAACAGGGGACAGCAGCUCAUCAUCUGAGCUGAAGUUUUAACCAAGGUCGCCCAUAUCCAAAUACAUCUGCUGGCUAACAAUGACUCCUCCUUAUGUAUCACAAAGAUAGAUUGGGAGUUAUAGUACUUGCAGUAUGUCAAAGGAUAUACAAAGUAUAUACAAAUAGUUGAUCAAAUAUGGUUAGCAAUUGGACCAGCUCAUACUGCCUCCUCAGGUACUAGGGGUGGACUUAAGUCUUUCAGAUUUCAGUGGCACUCUGUGUGCGGCCAUAAUUUGGCACCCCUAUAGCCUGCCUUCCAUUCUGCUCAUGUACUACAUUAAUUUCAGUGGGUCUAGUCACUAAAUCCCACCCAAGAUGUAUCAUGGAUCAAUGAUUAGAUUAUUAAACAACUUCCAAAUUAAAUUUUCUGUGUAUUUUUUAAAAAAUUCAUAUAGUUUGCAUGGAGAUUAAAUAAAAAUUAGUCUCAGUAAUGACUGCCAGCAGGGCCAGCUAUUCCACUUGAUGCAUGUAGGUGGCCAUAUGGGGCAGAGAUGGGGAACCUCCAGAUGCCGUUGGAGUCCAUCAGUCCCAGCCAGAAUGGCCAAUGGUCAUGGAUGAUGGGAGUUGUAGUUCUAGGUUCUCCAUCCCUGAUCUAGGGUGACUGAAGGGAAAAAAUGAUGCAGGAUGCAGGAUAUGAUGCAGGAAAUAAAAAGUGGGGGGGGGGGUAGUAUUUAACAAAUAAAUAUAAAAAAUCAGCACAGUAUAUUUAUUCUGAGUAUAUUUAUGGUGGCAGCUAUUCUGCUUGGUGGAACCUUUUUCUUUAUAUCCUUAUCAGUGGUUGCUAUAGAAAUUUGGAAGGCGUAAAUUAUUUAUGGUGCUAAGCUCCUUUCUUUUGUUACAGACUGUACUGCUACAGCAUACGUGCACCUAUUAUUUGUCCGUGACACCCCACAGAACCCCCGAUUUGUUCUCUGUUUACCUGAUAUAUGUCCUUUGUAUCUAUUAGAAACUGCAAUGAAUAAGUGAAAAAAUAUGGUGACCAGUUAAAAGCUUGUGAUGCAGGCAAUUGGGAAUCAUUUUAAAUUUUCAACUAAAGUGCCAAAAUUUCACCUAAGAAUGUAGUUCUGUGCAUGGAGUAAAUACACACACAACCACUUACUAGGUAUUUUCCUCUUUCAAGCACCUUGCUGCCCAGUGGAUCUCACAGUAACUCAAGUGACACAGUCUGUAACAAACAUCAGCUGGUCUACUGGGACCGGCGCAAAGACGUACAUAGCAAUUCUGGAAUCGCACAAAGGACGUGCCAGGUGUCACACACUCCAAAACUAUUGCCUCUUGGGAUGCAUUACAUGUGGAACCAACUACAGUGUGUCUAUCAAAGUGAUCAGUGAAACAGGCUUAACAUCAGAUUGCAUAUACAAUGGAUUUUCUUCUAGUAAGUAUGUGAAAAUGUAUUUUUAAGUACCUGCAUGGUAUUUCUACAUUUCCACCCUCGUAUUAAAUGCUCAAACUAUGCUCACUGGUUUGGAUCCUGAAGUUAGAUGGAAGCUUGCAGAAGGGGCUGCCAUCCCUUCCUGCAAAUGUCCCUCUUUCCAGAGGGUUAAGACUCCUGAGUGGUGUGGACUAUGGAAUGCUGUGGAGAACAGAGGAAACAACAUUGGGCAAAACAAGGCGAGGCAUCUCCCCUUGCUUUGGGCAAGUUUCCUAUUUCUACAGCAGAACCCCCCCCAUCCCAUCCUGCACUGUUCAGAAGGGUCCCAUGACACGCUUGAGACUUUUCAGAGGGAACCAGAGGGCUGAAAAAGCUCACUUCUGGGAAUCCGCUGCUGCUUGCGGUUUUCUGGGCCUAGCCAUUCCUAGAUUACUGUCCUAAAGGUAAAGGGACCCCUAACCAUUAGGUCCAGUUGUGACCGACUCGGGUUGCGGCACUCAUCUCGCUUUACUGGCCAAGGGAGCCGGCGUACAGCUUCCGGGUCAUGUGGUCAGCAUGACUAAGCUGCUUCUGGCAAACCAGAGCAGCGCACGGAAACGCCAUUUACCUUCCCGCCAGAGCGGUACCUAUUUAUCUACUUGCACUUUGAUGCGCUUUCCAACUGCUAGGUUGGCAGGAGCAGGGACCGAGCAAUGGGAGCUCACCCCGUCGCGGGGAUUCGAACCGCUGACCUUCUGAUCGGCAAGUCCUAGGCUCUGUGGUUUAACCCACAGCACCACCCGCGUCCCUUACUGUCCUAGACAACUCCUAAAAGCUUACACUUUGAGAGAACCUACAGUACUUUAUUAGGACAUUCUGAAAAUUUUCUCCAUUUCAAUUGAUAAAAAAGAAAUCUGACCACUUUCUCGUCUAUCCCCCAAGAGGAAUGACCAAACUGAAUUAAGUGUUCUUGGUUGUUUUCCUCCUUUAGGUGCUUGCUGCCCUUCUGGGGUUAAGCUAUAUAGACUAGGCAACAAUGGCAUACGAAUAUAUUGGCGGACAUCCAAAGGUUCAAUCAACUAUAGUACAGAUCUUUAUGGCUCAAAAGGAAAUUUCACCUGUACACCAAACACAGACCUGACUUACUGCGAUAUUACCGAGAUACCCUGUGGCGAUGUCUAUACAGUUGUGGUGUCACCUGUAACUGAUAGCGAGGGAUCAAAACCUGCAUUUUGUCCUAAGAAGAUAUAUUCAGGUACUUGUGGGCCUUUGGCAGUAAUGGCAAAAGGGGACAGAAGCUGGGCCUUAAGAUAGUGGAAGUGAAGAAAAUUAAAACUCUGGAAACUCCUUGAAACAGUCUAAACUUGGUGGCUGCUGCACAGAGCUCUUAUCACAUGAAAUCUCCAUGCCAUUGUCAGCCAGUUUUGGUGAUGGGUUAUGGUGGCAUGGCAACUGUCUCUAUCUGAAGGUGUGUGGGAACGAUUCCAUUUUAUUCAUCUUAGCCACUGUUGCAUCUGAUGAAAUCAACUCAUCCAUAAAAGCUUAUGCCAAAAUAAAUGUAUUCUACUUUAGGGUCCUGCAAGACUCUUGUUUUUGCAUGGAUUAUGGUUUCUGUGUAGCUACCUUUAAACACAAUAGAGCUGCCGAUACUGCAGUGGCUAGUGGAGUAUUUCUAGAAAAUACUUAUAGCAGCUUGUCAAUGAUCCCCUCCCCUCAGUCCAGACAUGUGCUUGCCGAUCUGAAUUAUUCAGAUUUGUGGGGAAAUUGCUAAUCAUUCUCCAUACAGGUAAUGUAAUAUUGGUAUUUAUUCUGAAAACAUCUAUUGUUGCAAUUCUACCCAUUUAGAAGCAUGUUUAUUGACUGAAUCUUAGUCAAACUCCAAUUCAUUGCAUUUUCGAAUUUUCAAGUUAAAACCAUCACUUUAAAUUAAAACAAAUUGGUUAUGCUUUUUUCUAAGUUACAUUGUGAAAUCCUCUUUGGAAAGCACCGUUCAAUGACUCUUUCUAGCUGUAUAUAUAUGUAAUUUUGCAUUUCAUUUUCUAGUGACAUGCUCCGGAAGUUCAGUAGGAAUGGGUAAGUGAUUGUAUCAAAUUCCUCUUCUAAUAAAUCAAUAUAUUUUACCCAAGCUGAAAAUUCUUUUAAAUAUCUUUUGGGAUUUUCUAUUUUUUUAAAAUCAAUUUUAUCAGAGGCCAAAUUGCACUGUUUUAUUUUCCAUACCUUUUGCAAAGAAAUAUAUAAUAGUCAAUAAAGUUUGGGUUGUAUCCAACAGUGUCACUCAGAUUAUAGCAAAGCCGUCAUUAGUGGAACAAGAAAGCAAUUUUCAGCCAUUUAAGGAAAUAAGCAGCAGCAGCAGCAGCAGCAACAAAACACCAAUCACUUUUGUUUCUAGAGGAAUUUGUUCUCAAACUUACACAGGUUUUUCAACCCUGACCAUGAAGUAAACACUGAUUCACACAAUCUCAACAAGAGGUAAUUACCAAUCUAAAUAUUGGUAGAUGUCAAAAGCUACCUUAUGUCACCGCUCAAGCUGCAAAUGUAUUUUCAAUACAAGUGUUUCUAGUCAACUAAUAUUACCAUCAUCCUAUGCAUUUUCCUGAAGAUCUUCAGGAGUCAAAAUAGUCCCCCUGCAUCCCUGCCCCCCACCAUCAGGAAGGUUGCAUGGUCCUCAACGGAAUCAAGUCCCAGCACUUCUCAUUUUACAAAUUAAAAUGCUGGGAAACUACAUUUUACCCAUGUAGGAUUGAUGAAAAUGAGACAAAGUUUUAAAAAUAAAGUCACUCAAGUCUAAAUUGCUGUGUUUAAACAUUUUGAAUAAUAUUCCAGUGAUUUACAGAGGAAAGCGAAGUUCAGAACACUACCAGGUACUACAGGAAAAGAGAGAAUGA